AUGCAGCUCCCGACCUGGUAUACGAGGCCAACAACGCAGGUGGUGCUGAUGGGCAUCACCUGUUUUGCGACUCCUGGUAUGUACAGCGCCCUUGGAAAUCUCGGCGCAGGAGGUACGCAAAACGUAUCGCUCGCGGACACAUCUACGGGCGUGCUGUACGGAUUUUUCGCGCUCGCUGGCCUGAUCAGCGGAGGCAUCACAAACAUGCUUGGCCCACGGCUAACACUUUUCUUGGGUACCCUCGGAUACGCCUUAUACACUGGGGCGCUCUGGUGCUAUCAGACGCAAGGCACCCGAUGGUUUCUUAUUUUCUCAGGCGCUGUGUUGGGUGUUUCCGCCGCACUGCUCUGGUCCGCACAAGGAGCCGUGAUGAUGUCGUACCCCCUGGAGAAGGAUAGAGGGAAGUCGUUCGCCAUCUUCUGGGCAAUCUUUUCGUUUGGCUCCUUCAUUGGAUCAAUCAUUGCUCUCGCUAUCAAUAUCGAGAGCGGGAAGCUGAAUGCGGUCUCCACGAGCACCUACAUUGCAUUUCUAGUGAUCAUCUUCUGUGGCGUGGCGUCGUCCCUCCUGAUCCUACCACCCGAUCGCAUCGUCAGAGGCGAUGGCACGCUCGUCACUGCCCAGAAGCAUUCGUCGAUCAAUACGGAGCUGAUCGCGAUGGCUCAGAUGUUCACCGACUGGCGGGUCGUCGCUCUGAUUCCUAUGUUCUUCGCGUCGAACUAUUUCUACGCUUACCAAGGCGCGAUCAACUUUGGCCUAUUUGACAGUCCUACGAGAGCCCUGAAUGGAACGCUUGAAGGUGUCGGGGCCAUUGUUGGGGCGCUGAUGAUCGGUUGUUUCGUCUUGGACGACCCUACGUCAAGAAUCAAGUUUAGUCGCCGCACUCGUGGAUACAUCGGGCUCGGCGUCGUCGUUACGAUCACCAUCGUUGUGUGGGCGGUAGCUCUGAGCUGGCAAGUGACAUUCGAUCGCGCGGAUGCAGCCAGAAUGCACGCCGAGGGCACCCUCAUCAAUUAUCACGAAGGGAGGUAUCGAGGAAAGGCGGCCUUGCUAUUCUUUUAUUACUUCAGCGAUGCAUGUUAUCAGGCGCUUGCCUAUUGGAUCAUGAGCGCAAUCACUAAUGAUCCCUUUCGCCUUGCUCGCUUCGCCGGUAUCUACAAGGCCAUUCAGUCCGCCGGUGGCGCUGGCUCUUUCGGCAUGGACGCCGUCGCAACGCCGUACUUUAACGAGCUCCUCGCAAGCUGGAUCCUCAUGCUCGCCUCAUUCCCGCUUGCCUUCCUCGUCAUCCGCACGGUUAAAGAAUCUAACUACGAAGAUGAACAAGUCGUGUAUGUCGGCGAUGUCAAACACGGGGCCGUGGAAGCUGGUGAACUCAACUCGCCACCGGUCGAGGAAGAGAAAGCGAGCUCGUCCAGUAUCGAUGCAUGA